GCUUCUCCGUGUCCCCCUCUGUGUGGUGUGCUGUGCUCGUCACUGGCAUGUCCCCCUCCGCUCAGUAAGCUCUCCCCAGUCGGAGGCUCGCUCGGUGUCAAGUCCCCCCCCUCCCCUUACAGCUUACUGCCCCCGCUCCGCCGAAUCCCGAAGCUGUUCGUUCUGCCGCCUCUGCGAUGCUCACGACUGACAGUCACUGCCCUGCCGUCUCAUCUUCGUUUCCCGCUCUCUCCUGCAAACCGAGUCCUCCAGCUCGGUGUCCUGCUGUCUCGGUUCCGCUCGGCAUUGAUGCUCGCCGUCCUGCCUCACCCUCUCACUGCUAUACUAAAUCCUGAAGCUAGGUGUCCUGCCUCCUUCUCUAAAGGGUGAACUUACUGCAUUGCAGCCUCCGAGCUGCUGGAUUCAGACGCACCACAAUGGCGACUCCCAGCCCCAGCGGCGGCUCCACGGGCUCGUCCGGCAACAGCCCGGGCCCGGCGGCGCAUUCGCAGCCCGCGGCCCAGCACAUCUCCGUGAGCAGCAUGCAGGAGCCCAACACCUGCUGGAGAUGUCAGAAUGAAACAGGGCUUCAGAUAAACUUCACUGGAAAUGCACAAAGUAAACGCAAAGCACUGAAGUUAAAUUUUGCCAAUCCACCAAUUAAGCCAGUGACGAGCUUUACUUUGAAUGCAGGAGUUUCGUUUCAGAAUCCUCACAUGCAUUUCUUUCCUCUUGAUGGAAGAAGAAAAGUGCAAAACAUCUGCACAGAUAGAUGGGAAACAAAAAAGGUGUUCCAGCUGUGCCCGAAGGUGCGACUUCAAACAAUGGAAGGAGACAGUCCCACUUCACUGCUACUCGGCACAGCUGAUGCGUGCCCCAAGAUUGGGACUCUAGAAAGGCUGCGAACACAUAGUAUUGAGUCAUCAGGAAAACUGAAGAUCUCUCCAGAACAGCACUGGGACUUCACAGCAGAAGACCUGAGAGAUCUUGGGGAAAUAGGACGAGGAGCCUAUGGGUCCGUCAACAAAAUGGUGCACAAGCCAAGCGGACAGAUAAUGGCAGUUAAAAGAAUUCGAUCAACUGUGGAUGAGAAGGAGCAGAAGCAGCUGUUGAUGGAUUUAGACGUAGUGAUGAGAAGUAGUGAUUGUCCCUAUAUUGUGCAGUUUUACGGAGCUCUCUUUAGGGAGGGUGACUGUUGGAUCUGCAUGGAGCUCAUGUCUACCUCGUUUGACAAAUUUUACAAAUAUGUAUAUGGUGUAUUAGAUGAUGUGAUUCCAGAGGAAAUUUUAGGCAAAAUAACAUUAGCUACUGUGAAAGCACUUAACCACUUAAAAGAAAACUUGAAAAUAAUUCACAGAGACAUAAAGCCUUCCAAUAUUCUUCUGGACAGGAAUGGCAACAUUAAGCUUUGCGACUUUGGAAUAAGUGGCCAGCUUGUGGAUUCUAUCGCUAAAACCAGAGAUGCAGGGUGCAGACCUUACAUGGCGCCGGAAAGGAUAGACCCAAGUGCUUCCAGACAAGGAUAUGAUGUUCGAUCAGAUGUGUGGAGUUUGGGAAUCACACUGUAUGAGCUCGCCACAGGCCGCUUCCCAUACCCCAAAUGGAACAGUGUGUUUGACCAGUUAACACAGGUUGUGAAAGGUGACCCGCCACAGCUCAGCAAUUCAGAAGAGAGACAGUUUUCUCCAAUGUUUAUCAAUUUUGUCAACUUGUGCCUUACAAAAGAUGAAUCGAAAAGGCCAAAGUACAGAGAGCUCCUGAAACACACCUUCAUUCUGAUGUAUGAGGAGCGCCACGUGGAUGUGGCGAGCUAUGUGUGCAAAAUCCUGGAUCACAUGCCAGCUUCUCCCAGUUCACCCAUGUAUGUUGAUUGACAACACUUUUGGAAGAAGUACACAAAACCAGAUUAGGAGAGAAUCCAUGAUGUAAAGAUUCUUUUUUUUCAUCACACAUUGCAGUGUUGCUUUAAAAAAAUAAAAAAAGAGAGAAAAUAAAGGAGAACAAAGUGGAAGAGAAAAGAAAAACACUCUCCUAAAACACCAUGUGCAAUAAUAAUUGGUGUUCAUUUCAAUCAUGUCUGUAUACUGUAGUCAUAUGCAAAGUGCAUUUUAUUAACUGCUCACAACGUGUUCAAACUGUUGGUUUCAGCAAACAGAAAAAAAGGCACCUCGUCUUCUGUGAAUGCAGUCUAGUAGUGAGUCCUUGGAACUGUAAACCGUAUGUUUGGGAAGAAAACACACCCGACCACUUGUGGAAUUUGAAUUGGGAGACUUUUCAAAGCGGCCGACCAGAAAAAGAAAAAAAAAAAAUGCAAACUUUUGUUAGGAAGCUUCCACCUCUUCCAUGUGUAUCAUAUUAGACAUUUGUAUGUAUUUCUUUUAAAAGGAGGAUUACGUUUUGGGUGCGGAUGCUUCGCAAGGCUUUUUCUUGGACUCGCGCAAAAAGUGUGUGUCGUCUUCAACGUGCAAUAGAUGUGCUGAUUUAAACAUUCUCGUGCGUCACCGUAACACCUGACGAGUGCUUGUGUGAGUAUGUCUGUUUUACUUUGUGGUUUUAAUGGAUCAAUGGGGGGUAAUAAAGGGGCAGGGUCCGGAGGUACCGUAUGAGA